UAAUAUAAGGUGUUUCCGCUAAACCCGGAAGUGCUCCGUCAGGUUGCUCUUUCCAGCACAAUAACGCAGCACAACGGUUUAUAAAUAUAUAUAUUUCCGUUUAAAGGCGUAUAAAAUAUAGGUGAAAAUGUCCGGAGGGGUCCAAUUGGAGAAUGCGAACCCGGUGAUCUUCCAGCGCUCCGGGGACAGGAUGCUAACAGCGUCCGAAGAGGACGAAGACGUUCACGACCCCAUCGACGACAGGGAAAUAUUUGAUCUGAUCCGAUCCAUCAAUGACCCGGAGCAUCCGCUGUCUCUGGAGGAGCUCAACGUGGUCGAGCAGGUUCGAGUUAAGGUCAAUGAUACAGAGAGUACUGUGAGUGUCGAGUUCACUCCCACAAUCCCCCACUGCAGCAUGGCGACACUCAUUGGUCUAUCCAUCAAGGUCAAGCUUUUGCGCUCCUUGCCAGACAGGUUCAAAACUGAUGUUCACAUCACUCCUGGAACUCAUGCCUCAGAAGAAGCAGUGAACAAACAGCUGGCGGACAAAGAGAGAGUGGCAGCAGCUUUGGAGAACUCGUCUCUGUUGGAAGUAGUCAACCAGUGCUUGUCCAGCAGGACCAUCUAAACAUCUUGGACUGUACGAUAUUUUCCUUCGUUUCCCAGUUAUCAUUUACCCAUCAGAUCACGCCUGUCUGUCUGUGAUGUGGAGAUGGAGCUGGUAUACAUAACCAACCAGAAAGGCUACAGAUUAGAAGCUUGUCUCCAAGUUAGCAAAGGUUUACGUCAGAUGUUUCUUCAGUAACACAUUUUAAGAUUUGCUUUAUUUUUAAACCAAAGUUUUUAUGUACACCAUUUGUUGUUACCUGUAUAUAAUGUGCAUAUAGUUUUAGUAAAAUAUAUCGCUCAGAAAACGUCUUGUACUUCCAGCAAUUAUCCGUUCAACAUGUCUUUGCUCCCACAACCACAGAUUAAUGAUUAUUUGUUCUCUUUCCUGGACAUUCUGUUCGACUUUUAAAGCAUUAAAAAUUACAGCAUACUUGGAGAUUUUGAAAAUCUCAGACCAACCCAAUCACACAACGUUCAAGGUCACUUAAAUGUUUUUCUUCUCAAAGAAAAAAAAUGCUCUGUUUAAAUUUUAGUACUAUGGUCUUUACUAUGAUUAGGACCCUACAGAUAUCCAAUAUGAUUGCAUUAUUCACUAUUUUUUAACAAGUAUUCAACAGGUGUACUGAAAAAAAAAAAAAAAAGAAAGUGGCUUGUGUAUGCAGACACAUUAUCUGCUCAUUAUUGGCUGUUUUCAAUGCUUAAACAGCUGUCAAAUACAGAGAAUACCAAGAAGAAUCAUUAUUCGUUCUGGCGCCCCCUGUAGCAUGGCACUGCAUAUAGUGCACAUCCACUUUUUACCCCACUGAUUAGCAUGUAUUUUGUUGAUAUGCGAGUUUCAAAUCUAAUCAUAAAAGGUUGUCCCAUCUUUGUUCUGCAAAUACGGGUUGCCAUAAAAUGUGUGCUGUUUCAAUUUGUUCACUAGGUGGUGUUCUAUGUGUGGGAAAUUCAGUCUGCCAGAACAAAGCGCCGCUAUGCCAGGACACAGAAUCACUGAACAGUUUUUCAUUUAUCCUUUAAUGUGACAUGGUGUUUAACCAACUGAUGCUUAUUUUAGAAGAUAGCUUGAAUACCAAUGUAGUUAGAAGUUUUUGAUCCAACUAUUUAAUAAAUAUGUGAUAAAAU